GUAGGAUAUGAACUGUACAGAAAAAAAAUUAUGAUGAUUGGUGCAUAACAACUAAUACGAGAAUAUUACAAUCCUUACUAUAUUCUGUUUACACUUAUUAUUUACAAAAUAAAAGGAGUUUUAUUUUUGAUUAAUAUUCGUAAACAAAAAACAUUCGGUUAACUGCAAAAACAUUUUUUGGAAAAGGAAAAACAAAACAGUAAACAUUCAAUUUUUUUUCGUUACAAAAAAGCAAAAAAGCAAAACAGAAACAAAUCAAGGGACUAAUCACAUACUAUUUCUGAGAACUACAAAAUAUCACAUAAUAACAUUUUGUAUCUGUGUAUAAACUUCAAAAAGAGUAAGAAAUUGUCUUGAUUAACUAGUUGAAACAUAAUUUAUCAAGAUUCAUUCAUAAUGAAUACCAUGCAAUUAGUCACUAUGAUUUCGUAAAGAUAUUCUAUGUCCUAUCAUAAUUGAGAAUUAGGGGUUUCUAACUAAACCGUUUAGUAUAUAUAUAUACAUAUAUAUAUAUAUUACUUAUAUGUUCAACUAUUAAAUUUUUUUAUUGUUGUGAAAAAAAGUAUUUACCACUAUUCUCUUGUUUUUCAUAAUGAACAUAAUAUUUUGGAAUAUAAUCAAAUACGUGUCGAUCCAUACCAUUGACGAUAACACUAUGGAUAAUAAAAAUAUAUAGGAUUUAUUAGAGAAAAAUAUUCAAUUCUGUGAAGAAACUUGUGAACUAGGCUUAAAAGACUGUUUAUUAUUAGUACCGAAAUACACUACAAUUGAUUCAACAGAAUAUAAACAAUCUAUUAAUAUAACAACAAUAUCAACAGAAAUGAAAGAAGGUCAAGUUAAUGGAAAUCAAUCGACUAUUCCAAAAAAGAAUCCAGAUUCAAAUAUGAGAUCUAAAAUCAAUCCUGAUCGUGAAAGCAAUUCACCGAGUAUCGCUUCAGACAUACCGAUUCCAAAGACGAGACGUUUAUCUUUACGCUCUAAGCGCAGUUUUGACUGUUCAUUUGAAUUAUGGGAUGAAAAUUAUUUCUCUAUGGAACGGAAGGUAUCUCAACUUGAAGGUGUUCAUUAUGCUGCUUUCAAUGUAAAUAAAGAAAAAAGAGAAAGUUCACCUGAACUAGUCCAUUUAAUCGAAGAUCAACAAGUAACUUGUUUAGAUGCAGAUAAUCCAGAUAAUUGGGUUGUACGUGUUCAUCCAUUUUUACAAAACGUUAGUAGUUUCAAUAAACAAACUAAAAAGGAUAAUACACUUACCGAUUCACAAACUAUAGAUGAAAAUGAUACUAAUGAUUUAGUUGAAGUUAUUGUAUCAAAUUCACAAGAAUCUCAAAGAACCUGUGAAGAAAUUAAAAAGAUUGGUCGUGCUAAAGCUGUUUGCUUAACACGAAAUUUAAAAAGUGCACAGCGUGGAAAAAGAAAUCCAAGAGAAUCUUUCAGAGAAGAUGUUAUUAGUUUCUCAAAUAAACAACAAGAAUCUCGAAUGAAACUAAGGUAUACGUUAACUGAGCUUUGUGAUACUGAACUUGAAUAUUCCAGAGCACUGAGACAAUUGUCUGAUAUAUUAGAUUCAUUAAAUGGCAAAAUUAUUUUGAACUACUCAGAUAAUUCAGAGAAAAUUCUCGAUUAUCCUAAACCAAUUAGUGAUAAUAUUAAAGGUCUUCAAGAUACUCUGAAAAGAAUUAUUCAAUUUUGUGGUAUGUUCUUGGAAAAAUUGCCUUUAUACUCAUCUGACCCAGGAAAAUCUGCUGAAUGUUUUACAAAAACUCCCGAACGUUGGUAUGAUUAUACAUUAUUCUUUAUACAUUCGGAUUAUUUAGUAAAUCAUCUUACACAAAUCAUUUCAAAUGAUAUUGAAAUAUCAUUUAGUCUUUCUAAUACAGAUUCUAUACAAAAAUCAACAAUUUUAAUAAAUGAUCAAAUGGAUACAUCCAUAACAACUAAUCAUUCUAAUAAUAAUAUUUCUCUAAGAAAUUUUUUAGAUUUUUUAAAUAUACCAAGAAAACGACUAAAUGUAUAUAAUGGAUUAUUAAAAGAUAUAACAAGAUAUAUUGCCUAUGAUAAUACAUUAAUUAAUAAUCUUGAAUUAGCCAUGAUUUAUAUAAGUAGAGUACAAAGAUGUUCAGAGGAAUUUAUAUAUUUUUGGUCAAAAGUUGAUAUAAAUUUCAAUCAAAUAUUUAAUAUAGAAAAAUUAGAUGAGAAUAGAUUAUUAUUAUUAUUAUUUGAUGAAUGUAUACCACCGCCAAUUAUACGAAUAACGGAUAUUAAAAUCGGUCAACAUAAAAGUAUUCAACUAGAUCAAAACGAAAUGAAAAUGGAAAGAUUAAUUCUUCUACCUGAUCAUUUAUUAUCACUUAAAAAAGCCAAUGAAAAUAAUUCAGUUUAUUGUUGGAAAGUGAAUAGAAUAAUUAAUCUUGAUGAACUUCGUAUUGGUGAAUAUGGCAACGAUGGAAAUGAUGAAACAUCAUUUGAAUUAUGGAAUAUAUCAGGCGAAGCUCCAAUUAAAUUAGUUUUUCGUAUCACUUGUCCCAAUAUUAUUAGUCGUAAUGCAUGGGUUGAAGAUAUAAGAUACGCAAUCAAAGAAAAACUUAAUAACUCUAUAGAAGAUACAAAUAUACCGAAAUCAAUUGUCGGUUCACAUAUUGAAGCAUAUUGGAAUUCAAAGAAACGUUUCAGUGGAAUAAUGGAACUUCCAUCGUGUCCUAGUGAAUCUAUCAGUGAAAUGUAUUUUGAUGCAAUGGAAAAUGUUCAACAAAUUAAUUCUCAAAAUGUUCAUGCAUCACAGUUAUCACAAAUAGAUAAAUGUGAAGUGAUUAAAACUUCAUUUAAUCAAAAAUCUACUUCAUCCUCAUCGUAUUAUACUGCUGAGGAACCAAUAGAUGAGAUUGGAAAAGAUCAAGCUCCAUCUACAAAUCUGUUCGAAUCUUAUUCAACAUUGGAUGGUGUACAGACUCCAUUUUCAGAGGAUCAACAAUCUCUUGCAGACUUCCAAAUGUCUCCUGAAAAUCGAGGAAAUCAAACUCAACCAUUAACAACUACAUCUACUAAUAUGACAGGAACUGAUACUUUAGCUAAACAGUUAACGGUUAAUGCUGGUGAACAAAUUCAGUUCAAUGCAUCAUUUACUAUUACUGGUCCAGUUGCUUAUGAAACAACUUGGUAUAUGAAUGGUGAACCAAUGAAACCUGAUAUAGGUGCUGAAAUGAUAUUGUCGGAUCGUGAUACACGUUUACUUAUAUCAAAUGCUGAUCCUUUGAUACAUUCAGGAACAUAUUCAUGUCGUUGUCGUCUUUUUGAGGGCACUGAAACUGCUGUUUAUUUUUGUGUUAAUAUACUAACAGCCAAACUAGAUCGCAAUGAUACAAAUGAUAAUGAAUCAGAUCGGCUGAAACUAACAAAUUUUAUGCAGGCUGAUUUAUUUCAUCCAAUUACCAAAGAAUUAGAUUUACCAAUAGGUAAACUUUUAGAAAUUCAAGUUAAGAUUGAUGAAGAAACUGUAUUGAAACAAAUGGAGAAUAAUAAUAAGGAAAAUAUUCAAGUUAAUUGGUAUCAAAACUCAACACUAAUUGAACCUAGUUCAACGUGUGAAAUGCUCAAAAUUAAUGACCAGUUUAUUUUACGAUCAACUACAAAUAAUUUACAACCUGAUAAGUUAUACAACUACACAUGUAUGUUGAGACUGCCUGAAAAUUCUUCUAUGUCUCCAGCACCAAGUAUCACCAUACCGGUAAGUUUUCAUUGUCCAACAGUUAAAGAAUUAGAAACUGAAUUCAAGAACUGUAUCGACAAAAAUAAGGCAACAGUCGAAAAUAAUCGAAUCUUUGAAGUCAAAUUAGGAGAGGAUGAUGCAUUUCAAUUAAAUAUACCUAUUCAACAUGGUUCUCACGACCAAGAUUUUGUCGUAUGGUGGACACAUGAAGAUGAACUUUUGACAGGUGAUCAUUUACCGUCGAAAGAAAGUGAGUAUAAUUGUUCACUUGAGCUCAGUAAAAAGUCGAACGAAAUGAUAGCCAAACUUUCUAAAACUCCGACAGGAACUAACAAUUGUGGUAUAUAUAAAUGUUGGACUGUUUCACAAUCAUUGAAAGAUAAUAUCGUUAGGUGUACAAAUGUUGCAGUAACAGUGAGACAAGAGGAAGCUACGCUGAGUGAAAAGUCAAAUGACAAAGAGAAGGAGAAAGAAGCGAAGAAUUUACAGGGAGAUAAGAUAAGUAUGGUCGAUGGGGUUGAAACAAACCUUCUUAAUAAGGAAGACGAGGAAAUAAACCGGGAGGUGCCCUCAAUGAAGAAGGAAGAGGAAGAAAAGAAGAGGAACGCAGAAAACAUUUUCAAGCAAGAGGAGCAAGAUUUAAAGAAGGGGGAAAGCGAAGAGACGAAAAGAAAAGAAGAAGAGAUCGUUAGACUGAGACGAGACGAAGAAGAGGCUUCAAAGAAACAGGUGGAGGAAGAAGGAAAGAACAAGGAAGUAGAGGAAACUGCGAUGAAGCAAAAGCAGAAAAAAGAUGCUGAGAGCAAACGAAAAGAGGAAGUUGAAUUGAGACGAAAAGAAGAAGAGAUUGCGAAAAUGGAGGAAGAAGAGAUUGAAAGGAAACGAAAGGAGGAAGAAGAUGCUGAGAGUAAACGAAAAGAGGAAGUUGAAUUGAGACGAAAAGAAGAAGAGAUUGCAAAAAUGGAGGAAGAAGAGAUUGAAAGGAAAAGAAAGGAGGAAGAAGAUGCUGAAAGUAAACGAAAAGAGGAAGUUGAAUUACGACGAAAAGAAAGGAAAGUUACCAAGAUGAAGAAAGAGGAGGCAGAGACUGAUAAGAAGCAAAAGGAUGGAGAGAUUGCCGGGAUAAAGAAAGAGAAGGGCGAAGUAGAAAAAAGACAACAUAAAGAGGAGGAAGAUGAGAGGUUAGCUAGCCAUAAGGCAGACAAAGAAGAACCAAUAACAAAGACAAAGAAAGAUGAUAUGGAAGGUAAAGAAGGCAGCAUGAAUAAAACGGAUGGAAAAGGAUAUAAAAAAGAGAGUAAAGAAGGGAAGGAUGAAAAGAAGAGGAAAUUAGUACCAACGAAGGACCAAGCGGAAAACGGAAUGAAAACGAAGCCAGUCGGAGAUGUUGAAUUAAAGCCCGAAUCAGAAACAUCUCAGAAGAAGAAUAUCAGGGGCGUAACAGAACAAACAAAAGACACAGGAC